GUAGAGGAGCUUAGUUGAUUGGCGAUCAGUCGAUCAGUACUGGUUUUGAUCUGACUGUGAUACAUUUGAUCUUGAAUGCGCGACGAGAAUCAUCGGAGCGAACCAGAAAAAUCUCCGCUCGAUCUAUAAGAGAAAGAAAAAGAGAGAAAGAAGAGAAUUUCUAUAAAGCGAGAUUGAUUGGAGAAGAGUUACAUGCUAAUACCACAAAUAAACAUGAUGUCCAUCAGCUUAUUCGUCUUUUUUCUCUCUUUAACAGCAAUUGAUGCACAGAAUAAGUGUUCAAAUUGUGAUGUUAAUUGCGUUAACAUUCGCAAGUGUCCAGAAAUCAUAUCUAUCUUGACAAGUUCAGGCCAGCUUUCUGCAGAAACAUUACAAACCCUUAGAAAUUUGCAAUGUGGUUUCGAAGGCAGCGAUCCGAAAGUUUGUUGCAAUCAGGCACUAAUAACAAUAACGACAGAGGCUUCAAAUCUAGAAAAUCCACCGAAUCCACCAGAUGUGACGAACCACCCGAAUCUACGUCUGUUGAAUCAUACAAUGUGUGGGCCCAUCACUCAGACGAAGCUACUCGGCAGUAACAAGACUGGAAUUUUUCAGUAUCCGUGGAUGGCGUUAAUCGCAUACGAUACUGGAAGACCAAAUCCGGAAUUCCGUUGUGGCGGCACGGUCAUCUCCUCGCGCUACGUCCUCACCGCUGCUCAUUGUGUUACCUUCCUUCCAGGGGGUAAGGAAAAAACUAUAAAGUCAUAUUGCCAUAAUUAUUCUCCAGAUCUACGACUAAUAAGCGUCAGGGUAGGAGAUCACGACUUAAGCAAGGAACGUGAUUGCGAUACGAAUAUCAAAGGACUUGAGAUCGUGUGUGCCGAGAGGUAUCAGGAUUUCGGUGUGGAAAGUGUCCACUUCCAUCCGGAAUAUACGAGAACAAAGCUGCAAAAUGACAUCGCGCUUAUUAGAUUGAAUAGUACAGUGGAUUUCAGACCUCAGAAUGUCAAACCCAUUUGUCUGCCGUUUGGCACUGCGACGACACUACGUCAUAAAAAAGUUGUAGUGACCGGUUGGGGCACGACGGAGUUGGGUCUACGCAAUCAAGAACUCCUGCAAGUGACGCUGACACUAGUGGACAAUAAACAGUGUAAGGAAAUGUACAGGCCGACCAUGCAGAUCUGGUAUAAGCAGCUAUGUGUCAGUGGCCGAAAGUACGUGAACUUCUGUUUGGCCAAUAGCGGUGAUCUCCUGCAGGCACCUGGUAUAUACAAUAAUAGAUCAAUACGCAUGAUCCAGUACGGUGUGGUCAGCUACGGACUGAAUCAGUGCGGCACUGAGGGAUUUCCUGGUGUCUAUACCAAUGUCGCCUACUACAUGGACUGGAUUCUCAACACACUGACCGAUUAAAACAAAACUAAAAUAUUGCGGAACGAAGUCUUUUAUAUCGAAUAUUUUUAAUCUCUAUUUGGAAAAUGUUAACGCAAACGCGGUAAUCUCAAUUGUGAUGAGAAUGAGAAAACAACUUUGGCGAGGCGUUCGAUAAACAGUACGUAAAUAAAUAAGACUGAUUUCAAAAGAUUA